UCUCUCAUGGCACUCAUUUCUUCUUCUUGUUCUUCGCGUAGCUGGAGAUACAACGUCUUCCUAAGCUUCCACGGUCCAGAUGUUCGAGUAACGUUUCUAAGUCACUUACGCAAGCAGUUUGAACGCAAUGGAAUCAUAACGUUCAACGAUCAAGAGAUCGAGAGAAGCAAAACCAUCAAACCUGCACUCACUUGGGCAAUACAAGAGUCAAGAAUCUCAAUCGUUGUGCUUUCGCAGAAUUAUGCUUCGUCGAGUUGGUGUUUGAACGAGCUGGUGGAUAUCUUGAAGUGCGGGGAAACCGCAGGACAGAUAGUGAUGACUGUUUUCUACAAAGUGAAUCCAACUGAUGUGAGGAAACAAACAGGAGAAUUUGGAAAUGCUUUCACGAAAACUUGCAUAGGGAAAACGGAGACGGAGAUUCAGAGUUGGACCCAAGCUUUGACUUAUGUCGCCAACAUAGAAGGAGAACACUCACUGAACUGGGUCAAUGAAGCAGAUAUGAUUGGGAAAAUUGCCACAGAUGUUUUGAACAAACUAAAUGCAACACCAUCAAGGGAUUUUGAUGUCAUGGUGGGACUUGAGGCUCACCUGGAGAACAUGAAGUCUUUGCUGCAGUUGGAAAAUGAUGGGCCUUUGAUAGUUGGAAUAUGUGGUCCAGCAGGAAUUGGUAAGACUACCAUUGCCAGAGCUUUAUAUACCCAACUCUCUUGUGAUUUUCAGCUAAGAUAUUUGAUGGAAAAUGUGAGGGGGAGUUAUAGGAGUAGUGAAUGUGAUGAUCAUGGCUUAAAGUUGCGUUUACAAGAACAACUUCUUUCAAAGAUUUUGGAUCAAAGCGGAAUGACGAUAUGUCACUUGAAUGUGAUGAACGAAAGGCUAUGCAACCAAAAAGUUCUUAUCAUUCUUGAUGAUGUGGACCAUCUUGAGCAAUUAGAAGCUUUGGCAAAAGAUAUCUGCUGGUUUGGUUCUGGAAGUAGGAUUAUCGUGACAACGGAAGAUCAAGAGCUUUUGCAGCAACAUAGUAUCGACAAUACAUACCAUGUUGAUUUCCCAUCUAAUGAAGAAGCUCUUGCAAUCUUUUGUUUAUCUGCUUUCAAACAAAUCUCUCCACCUGACUGUUUUGUAAAGCUUGUAGAAAGAGCGGUAGAGCUUUGUAGUAAUCUUCCUUUGGGUCUCCGUGUUGUGGGUUCAUCCUUAUUCAAGAAGAAGGAGUUUGAGUGGGAAGUUGUACUGCAUAGACUAGAAACUAGUCUUGAUCGAGGUAUCGAGAGAAUACUAAGAGUCGGGUAUGAGAAUCUACAUGAGAAAGAUCAACAUCUAUUUCUCUACAUUGCAGUCUUCUUCAGCUCUAUAAAGAGUGAUCAUUUGAAGGCCAUGCUUGAGGACAUGCAUGAAAGACACGGGUGUAAAACCCUCAUUGAUAAAUCUCUCAUAUAUAUAUCUACCAACGGGAAUAUAACGAUGCACAAGUUACUACAACAAGUGGGUAGACAAGAAAUUAAAAGACAAGAGCCUUGGAAACGACACAUCUUAAUCGACCCCCAUGAGAUUUGUGAUGUCCUUCAAUCUAAUAAAGGUACUAGAACUGUGAAGGGUAUAUCUUUUGAUAUAUCUGAAAUCGAUGAAGUGAUUAUAAGUGAGAGAGCUUUUAAGAGUAUGCGAAAUCUUCGAUUCCUCAGUGUCUACAAAGCAAGAUAUGAUGAGAUUGAUAGAGUGGACAUACCUGAGGAGAUGGAGUUUCCACCUAGUCUGAGGUUACUACAUUGGGAGGCAUACCCGAAGAAGAGUCUUACCUCUUCAUUCAAUCCAAAAAAUCUGGUCGAACUGAAUAUGGAUAGUAACAAGUUUAUGAAGCUUUGGGAAGGAACUCAGCCGCUUACAAAUCUCAAGAAGAUGAGUUUGGUAUUGUCCAAGAACUUGAAGGUACUCCCAGAUCUUUCAAAUGCUACAAAUCUUGAGCAAUUGAAUCUGUCCGGUUGCACGAGUUUGGUAGAGAUUCCUUCUUCUUUUUCAAAUCUUCAUAAACUUGACGAUUUAGCAAUGAUGUUCUGCGAAAACCUAGAAGUCAUUCCAGCUGACAUGAACUUGGCAUCUAUUAAUUCAAUCAAUUUGGUAGGGUGCUCCCGAUUGAGAAACAUACCAUUUAUGUCCACAAAACGCUAUGGCUCAGACACAAAACUAGAAGAAGGGAAUUGGUCUCUCAAGACAUCAACACAAGUCAUGCGUUUCGGUCUCCAUCUAAACGACUGCAAAAAACUCGAAUCAUUGCCAGAGUUUUCUAGUGAGUUCAUGUUCAUUAAUGCUGACUGUUGCGAGUCGCUCAAACGGGUGCCUCACCGUUUUAACUGUAAAUAUGCGCAUCUCAAUUUCUCCUACUGCUUCAAACUGAGCCAAGAAGCAAGAAGAUCAAUUAUCCAACGAUCGUUUUACGGCCCUAGAGACUUUGUCAACGGCUAUGCUUGUUUACCUGAAAGAGAAUUGCCUGAAGAGUUUAAUCACCGAGCCAAAGGAAACUGCUUGACCAUUCGUUGCCAAGGGAACAAGCCUCUUUACGCUUUCGCCACUUUCAGGGUUUGUCUCGUGCUUUCCCCUCACCGGGAACCCCAAGAAUGUACAAUUCCAUCAAUAAUGUGUCGUCGCAUAAGCAAAGAUGGCUUAUACCCCGUUGAUGACACCCAGUUUUACAACGAUGCAUACCCGUCUUUAUCUGGACUUGCCACGGAACAUCUGUUUGUAUUUCUCUCUGACAUGGAUCAAGAAGACAAAUCCCUUGAAGUGACCAGCGAGAUACAGUUUGAAUUCAGCUGCUCAUCCCCAUACAUCGAGAUUGUUGAAUGUGGUGCCCAAAUCAGGACAGAAGAAACCGUAAGAAGCAAAAAGGGCGCAAAACGUAUAAAUUUUCGGAGUUGCAUCAUCCUUUGCAUCAUUCUCGUAACUGUUGUGCUCAUCCCAUGCUUCAACCUUUCCAGUUUGUAGGAGAAGCAUCAGAAGCUUGAUUUGGGGACGUGGCCACCAAGAUACUUGACUAUUUAAGCUUUAUUAAUGCUAUUUGACAACCGAUGUUUAUCCCAGCAAGUGUUUGUUAUAAUUGAUUCGUUAGAUAUGGAAUCCUAGGGAGAAACACAUGAUAGUGUAAGAAAGUAAAUUUUCAUUCAA